AUGAAUCUGUCGCUGCUUGUGAUUCUGGUGAUGGGCCUAAUUAGCGUUGCCGUUGUCGAAGGUAUGUUGUUAUAAAUGAAGUUCAGUAAAUAAAAGUGAAAGUUUUUUCUCUGACAGACUGAAAAUUUGUCGUGAUAUCACGAUAUGUAAAUAAGGAAGAUAGUCAAAAAAAUAAUUUAUUUUUUUUGUGUUGUGGUGCUGCUAGUCCGGCUUUUUUCAAUUGCGCUUUCUUUAUUUCAUCCAAGUGUACGUGGACAUUUAAUGGUAGAAGAAACAAUGUGUUCCACUGAGGGGUGUCGAGGAUUACUGUUCCACAAUACAGGGUCUGUAGAGCUCCCUUUAGCCGCGCUUUUUACGAGUUCAAACAGGAAUUGUCAAAAAAGAUUUUCAUGGUCCUGUCGCGACAACAAAGCUUGCAAACUAUAAGCAGUAAAAUAACGAUCUGUCGGGAAGAUAAGGUGGUUGCGCUUUGUAAUCGUUUUUUAUCGCGUUGCAACGCUAGCUGUAGAAAUUUGGUGCGCGACUGCCACAAGGCCCGACGUUUUGCUGCGACAAAUCGACCUUAUUUUAUCGGCGGACUGAUAAAUAUUAACGCACGUGUAAGCUAGGCAAUGUAAUUUCUUGAAAUUUCGUCUCUCAACCCGUAAAAUACGCGACUUGCGACGCUCAGAUUUUGAUGAAACUUGGCACAAAUUUAGAAUAAUUUUUUCUAACGAGGGAAUGGUCUGAACUUCCCCCAGCGUUUGGGAAAAUGACUAGUACAGGUGGAUAGAACAUGUCAACUUUGGUAAAAAGAGCCAUUUUCCAGCUGCGGAAUAAGCCCGGCCGACGAGAAAAAUUGACCGAAAGUUCCACAAAAAUUUCCUCUUUCUCUUCGCUCGGAAAAGAAGAGCGGUGUCCAAUGGUUCGGUUAGCUGAGUGGAUAAAGCAUCCGCUCGGUAUUCUUUUGGGGGUUGGUUCGAUUCCGGAGUCUCGCGAAGGACCGUGAUAAGGCUUUCAUGAGUAAGAUCAAACUCUAACAACCCAAACAAAAAUUAUUUUGCCUUUUUCAAAGUCAAGUCUAUCACCAACCCAGUGUAACUUCGACGUUCCAUCGCUUUGAAAGUUCGGAAGCACCCAAAAAUGCAUUUGUUGACGAUUAUUGUUUUGGUAUAAUGCCUCCAUAAAACGUAUAAAAAUGGCAAAAUAUUUUUUUGGGUUGUUAGAGUUUGAUCUUGCUCAUCAAAGCCUUAUCAUGGUCCUCCACGCGACCCCGGAACCGAACCAACCCCCAAAAGAAUACCGAGCGGAUGUUUUAUCCACUCGGCUAACCGAACCAUUGGACACCGCUCUUCUUUUCCGAGGGAAGAGAAAGAGGAAAUUUUUGUGGAACUUUCGGUCGAUUUUUCUCGUCGGCCGGGCUUAUUCCGCAGCUGGAAAAUGGCUCUUUUUACCAAAGUUGACAUGCUCUAUCCACCUGUACUAGUCGUUUUCCCAAACGCUGGGGGAAGUUCAGACCAUUCCCUCGUAAGAUAUAUGCGAGAAUCCUAGCUCGCGCUCUGCAAAAAAAAAACCGAAAUAUUUAGAUCGAAAGUCGGCCAAAAUUUAGGACUUUUUGCCGAAUUUUGGCACGAAAAGUUUCAAGCCUGUUUCUGCCGUAAAGGAUAAUAUUUCUACAAAAAAUCAAAAUUUUCCGCACGAAACUGCCAAAGUUAUGGCCAAAAAACGUUUUUCGCUCUGACCGCUCUCCACGUUUAGCGUGCUUUCUCUUUCGUUCGAUAUCUCGGCGGCGCCUGCAAAGCGCGAGCUAAAACUUUCAGGAAUUGAUAUUUAGUCCAUAUCCGACGUGUGUGCAAAGUUUAAAGAAAAUCUGAGCGUCGCACUUGGAGUAGUUCCCUUGUUAACUCAACAAAUUCUUUAAACAGAACAUGAUGUUUUUUUGUCAACCGGAUCGUUCUUUUCCACCCCCUCAACUUUUCCUCACCCGCGCUUAAUCGCAACUCUCCACUCAUGCUUAAUCGCAAAUUAGACUUGAUCACCUAAUUUCGCCCACCCUUUAGGACAAACUUUUUCACGGACGCUUCCUCGAUUUUUAGCGCGCUCGUUUGUUUCAACUGCGCGGUUUAAGAAAGAAAAAAGAGGUUGUUGAUCCCUUAUAUUUUUAGCAAUAAAAAUCCUCCUCGCCGCGGGCUGUUUUUGAAACAUUUUAAAGCGAAUUAAACGCAGAUUAGCUUGUUUUUCUGAUAAAGCUUUUGUCUCAAAACUCCAAGUGCAACGCUGGGAUUUUGAUGAAACUUGACACAAAUUUAGAUCAAUUUGUUCUAACAAGGUAGUAUGCGAAAAACAUGCGAAACUUCUAGCUCGCUCUUUGCGGAAAAAACCGAGAUUUUUAGGUCGAAAUUUGGUAAGAAUAUGACAUUUUUUGGCGAGUUUUGGCGUGAAAAUUUGGCCUAAAAUUUCUACUGUAAAGACUACUGUUUUCACAAAAAAAAUCAAUUUUUUCCGCACGAAACUGUCAAAGAAACGGCCAAGAAGAAUUUUCAAGCCCUUCUGUCUGACCACACUCCGCCUUUUCCGUACUCUCUCGGUCUCAAAGAUUGUUGAAUAUCUCGGCUGCGCCUGCAAAGCGCGAGCUAAAACUUUCAGGCAUUGUUAGGUGCCCCAUGCCCGGAUUGUGUGCAAAAUUUAAAGAAAAUCUGAGCGUCGCCCGUCAGACUGUGAAUUUUUUCCUUUGUCCCGGUUUGUGAAAAUAUAUUUUCAGCUGUUGCGCCUCGCGGCAUCUCCAAUGGCCAAUACACACUCUACAUCCAAAAGAACGAGGUCUAUUUUCGUCGUGGGCCAUUAAAAUUCAACGGCCCUGAGAAGUACAAGCCUCGAGUGCUGAACUUUUCCGAUCGCCGCACUCCCGCCAUCUUCUACUCGCACAAGGAGAACGGAAGAGGCGUCGCGUACGACUUCCUGAACAAAAGACUGACCGAAAAGCCGGUCGGAAGCCGCCUCUCGUUCGUCGACUGGUCCAAGUCGGUCGCUCCGUUCGCUUGA